UUCUUGCCUCUUCUUCCUUCCAAACUCCCUUAUUAAUUAUGCCGGUGCACAUCAUACCAAUAAUGAUAAUGCCUACCAUCUAAUAUCCAUUCGAGACUCACCCAUUUCUGGCAAGCACAAACCCCUGGAGAAACUACUUAAAAGUUCGAUGUCAAAGUGGAUCUUAGCGAAAUUGGUUAUAACCAUCAUCCCCGAGCUGUUCAUGCCCCAAAGAUUGUCUUCUGGAAGGAUUUGCGGAACUUAAUAAAACCCAAACUAGAGAAAGCGAGAGAGACCUUGAGGACUUUCCACGGUUCAAGGCCUGGUAGUUUCGACAAUUCAAAGUUCAUGCAACCCAUGCCAGUGCUUUCCUUUUAACUGACUCUCAUGCGCUUGCGAUAUCCACCAAUUCCACCUACGACAAGCAAGCCAUCGAUUCCCCCACGCCGCACAUCAAGAAACUACAAAGGGCCCUUGAUCUAUUACAGCUUCUCCUAUCAUUGAAAUACUAAACCGAAAACGUCACAAGUUGUCCGUCCAUUCUACUUGAUCGUCGAAAGCCCUUCUUGCUCUAGCGGGUCAAGACCCGCACUACCGAUUCUUGGUAACGGCUUCUUUUACUACCCUUGGACCCUUUCUCAGACAUCCCAUUACAUCUCUCUACCUGAUCAUUCUCUUGAUCUUUCAAUUCGCUGCUUUCACUCAUUUGCAAUUUCGCGGAGGACUUCCAAAACAUAUCAUUAUCACCUCGAUCGUUACCUACCACCAUCGACAUUCACGUACAUGAAUGCUCUGGUUAACAUAAGGAAGCUCUCGUAGAGCUAUAUACGCAGCAUCAUUGGUAAGUGAAUCUCCUGAUACUCACUGACCUUGACAUGCAAUCUUUGGAUGUGUCGAAGGAGAUUGCUAACACAGCCAAUUUCAUCCAGUAUUCACUGUCGGUCAUUUAACACGAAUAUCUAUUUACUUAAACUCAUAUAUACAUUACUUCAAUUCAUACAUCACACCUCGAUCUACAAACAUGACAGUCGCCUACGAUUUGACCCACCGAGGGACUUCGGCCCCUCAAACUUCAGCAGGACAAGCUUUGGAAGACAGGUUCGAAGUGCUGAAGGAUAUUGGAGAUGGUAGCUUUGGUAGUGUUGUUCUAGCACGAGUACGCGGGGCGGGAGCUAGCGUAGCUCGACGUGGAACAAUUGUAAGUCUAAGCAAGGUUGGUAGAGGAAUUGCUUAAGCUGACGGAACGAUUAUAGAUUGCUAUCAAGACGAUGAAGAAAACCUUCGAAUCAUUCCAACCAUGUCUAGAACUACGAGAAGUUGUCUUCUUGAAGACGUUACCGCCUCACCCACACCUUGUUCCUGCAUUGGAUAUAUUCCUCGACCCUUUCACCAAAAAGUUGCAUAUUGCUAUGGAGUACAUGGAUGGCAACUUAUAUCAAUUGAUGAAGGCUCGUGAUCACAAGUGCCUGGACGUUUCUAGUGUCAAGAGUAUUCUCUUCCAAAUUAUGCAAGGGCUUGAGCAUAUUCACGCCCAUCAUUUCUUCCAUCGCGAUAUCAAACCAGAGAAUAUUCUCGUUUCCACAUCAGCGCAGGAUUCAGGGAACUCUUUCCGACGAUACUCUGCUAUGGUUACCCCCCCUUCCACACCGCCAGCGUACACCGUCAAGAUUGCCGAUUUCGGUCUUGCACGAGAAACUCAUUCGAAGUUACCUUACACAACCUACGUAUCGACGAGAUGGUACAGAGCACCAGAAGUAUUAUUAAGAGCAGGCGAGUAUUCGGCUCCAGUGGAUAUUUGGGCGAUUGGUGCCAUGGCAGUGGAAAUUGCAACUCUGAAGCCUUUAUUCCCUGGAGGAAACGAAGUCGAUCAGGUUUGGAGAGUGUGUGAAAUUAUGGGUAGCCCAGGAAACUGGUACAACAAAGCAGGCGAGAGAGUUGGUGGAGGUGAUUGGAGAGAGGGUACGAGAUUGGCUGGGAAACUUGGAUUUUCGUUCCCAAAAAUGGCGCCACAUGCCAUGGACACAAUUCUUCAGACUCCUCAAUGGCCGGCAUCAUUGGCAAAAUUCGUCACGUGGUGCCUAAUGUGGGAUCCCAAGAGUCGACCAACAUCAACUCAAGCGAUGGCUCACGAAUUUUUCACUGAUGCUGUGGAUCCAUUAAGGCCAAAGUCUUCAUCGAGGAUACUCGGUCGCAAACAGUCCGACCUAAGUUACCGUAGCUCAAAAGAAUUCCCCGAAACAACACCAACCUCGACAACAAAACCCUCCUGGUUCAGAAAAUCUUUGAUCGGCAGAAAUGAUAAUUCUAACACCGCUACUAUUCAAACAAAAGAAAAGGAGAGCUUGGUAACAAAGCCUUCACCGGUACUUACACCUACAAUUAGUGAGAUUCCUAUUGCUAAGACACGUCAGCCUGCCGCUAAGCGGUCAACGUGGGCCAGCGGGGCUACUAACGCAGCGCCAAUGCCGAUUUUGCCGACAAUCAAACCCAUCUCGCCAAUCUCUGAUACCGCAACAGCACAAGCAAGCAGCAGAACACCAUCAUACAACGAUCUCUACUCUGGACAAAAUGAUAAGGGUUCGAAGAAAAUUGGUCGUCAACUAUCAGUUGCCUCAAGCACGAAUCAUUAUGCGGAAAUUCAUCGACAACAAGCAGAAAUGGCACUGAGUGGAAAUUCUGGAUUAGUAUCUCCUCCAGGUGGCCAUAAAGAAAGCUUCUUCUCUCACCUAAGAAAACGUGCGAGAAGGUUCUCUGGUCGACAAUCUCAAACUCCCAUGUCACCAAAAUCAAUGGAUCUUGAAUCGCAGGCUGGAUGUGGACCUUGGUCGAGCAAUCGAUCAUCGAUGGUAUUGGAUGUUAAUCAGCCUUCUAGCCCUGCCGCGCAGAAAGUCGAUUCUUCCGAGGCAUUGGACAAGGCGCUGCGCAACGUCCAGCAAAACUUGGAUUCCCCACAAAGUACAAAUUCCCCGCCCAUACCACCUACUCAUCAAAUUCACCCAAGCAGCGUUCUGAAGAGACAUCACUCUGUGCCUCACCAACAAGCACCUCGCUCAACUGCUGAUAUUCCAAGAUCUGUUGCACCCAUACCCACUAGGAAUAGGAGGAGCCAAUUGCCGGGCGUUCAACAAUAUGAGACUCCUGAUGAGGAGGACGAAUUGCUUGACGAAGCGCAAAUCUCCACGAAGACGACGAUGAUGAAGCGUGGGAAUUCAGUCCAAACCGAUCAUCGAAAACCCUUAAGGCAAUCACAUAGUAAUACUGGUUUAAAUCCAUACCCUACACCUUCUCCGUCCGCUAAUGGUAAUUCGGUACUUUUUGGUCAAGGGUUAAACAAUGCUUCACCAACUCCAAAACCACAUGGACCUGGCAAGCAAUCUUCAACACCACCAUAUGACUAUGAAGAAAAUGAAUGGGCAGCAUCUGCCGCCGCUAGUAUCUUCGCAGCACAAAGUCGAUUUUAGACGAUCCUCUAUCGUCAAAUUUGUAAAAUACUUUGGAGGAAAAGUUUCGGGGCAUUUACAUUGCAUGGUGUUUGGGUAAUAGGGAGGGUUCAGUUUUGUUCAAACGUUCUUUGUGACAUCAGUUUACUACCAGUACCGCUGGGUCUAGCGAGUUCAUCUGCGGCGUUUUAAUGUUGAUAUCGAAACCUUCUUUUGAUUUUUAUUUUCCAGCUUCAUACCCCUGAGCAUAGUAGCGCCUAUAGAAGCGCUUCUUGGUGUUCAUUUUUUCUCGUCUUCUAAAUACCCUUUUAUAGACUGCACUAAAUUUUGUUUUCCGAAGAAGAUUCAAUGGAAAAAAACUGCUUCACAGCACUCAAACAAUAUCUCAUUUGUCAUUAAAUUUUUCAUAUGGAUGUGGCCUGUAGCAAAUUCUCUUGAAUGCCAGGACCGAAUUAUAUACACCGUUCUUUUCUUAUUUUUCAGGGUCAAAUGCGGAUUUUAGGCGAGCCACGUGGCGACCGUUAAUUGGAGGAGGUGAAUCUGUUUAUCAACAGAGGCCUCACAAUUAUUUACUGUCCACAUGUUUCGAAGACUAGCUUCAACAAAAAAAUAUGGGUAUGGGAAAGGGAUCUGGGUAUUACCGCUUUGGCGGGACGGGCAGAGGAAGGGUUUAAGGGUAUGCAUAUUUGUGGUGGGGUGUGGGGUUGUACAUCAUCAUCUACCUAAUUGUUUAUUUAUUUUCCUUGUUUUCUCCUCUUAUUAUUUCCUUUGUCGUAUAUAACUGGUCGGGACUAUCCUGGGAACUGUAAGGACUGUAAGGCUUGUAAGGCUUUCCUGCAGGAAGGAUUUUCUGGGGAACAAACAUGCUCGUUCCUGGAUAUGAGGUGGGGGAGGUCCUUGGAAGGAUCGCCUGGGUCUACGUAGUAGAGAUGCUUUUCAUGCAUGCAUGGAUCGGUUGAUGCAUGGAUGGUGGAUUUGGAUGGUUCUUAUUCGCUGUUUAUGCUUUGCUUUGCUUUGCUGUAUUGGCUUGCGAGGUUGGGAUUGCCGUGGUUGGGACUACUGGUCGGUAUGUUCUUUGUCUUUGUCACUGUCUGUCACUGUCAUGGUCAUUGAAGGGAGAAAGUCGUAUGGAAGUAGCUUUAUAGGCAUGCUGCUGUGUUGAAGGUGAUGGAUGUGGAUGGAUGGAUGGAUUUCCUGAAUCGUCAAGGGAGUGCGGAAUUGUAUUUACACUGUAGAUGGUGAUGAGGCGAUUGUGGGGAUUCGAUGGAUGAUAGGUAUAUAGGUAUAUAGAUAGGUAGGUUGAUGGAUCGAUGGAUGGAGGAAGGAAGAAGUGAAGGAAGGAAGGAAAUAUAGAUUAGGCUGGGCUAGGCUAGGCUAAGCUAG